CGCGUCGAAGGCGAGCGGUGCGCCCGCGGUUGUCUCUCUUAGUACGCUUAAAAAUGAAUAGAUAAUUGUAUUAUCAGCCUCUAGUGAUAUCGUGUACAUAAAAAUGGAAUAUUAUACUUCGGACAGCUGCGAUAGCGACAGCAGAGACCAAAAAACUCUCGACUUAUCCAACCACAUGUUAGAAACGAACGAAUUAUCGACAGACUUGAGAGCCGUUGUUGACGAGAAAGAUUGCGCGGAAAAUUACGAAAUUAUUCUGCUUUUCAACAACCGCAUACAAACGCUUCCAGAGACCAUAAACAGGUUCACCAAUUUAAAGAUACUGGACGUCAGUAACAAUAGGCUCACAGUGCUUCCCGAUCUGUUAAAAUUCUGUCCCCUUACGUCACUAAUAGCGAAACAUAAUCAACUUACUAAUGAGUCGUUGCCCAAGAGUUUUACCUUCUCGAGAAAUACCAUAAGAGAAUUAAAUCUUAGCGGGAACCAGUUAAACUUUUUCCCUGAACAAGUUUUAGAGAUUAAAUCCCUUAGAUACCUUUAUUUAGGCGGCAAUCACAUUGCGAAGAUACCAAAGGAUAUAUGGAAAUUAAGCAGUUUACAGAUCCUUUCUCUAGGAGGUAACCAAAUCACGGAAAUUCCAGAAUCAGUAGGGCGAUUGACGACCCUCCAAGCCCUCGUUCUAAGCGACAAUUUGAUAGAACAACUACCUUCGAGUGUUGCAAACUUAAACCAGUUACGUUCCUUGUUGCUACACAAAAACAGACUAAAGACUUUGCCUACAGCGAUCAUAAAAUUGAGAUGUUUGACUGAGUUAAGUUUGCGUGAUAAUCCUCUAGUUGUGAGAUUCGUACGUGAUAUGACGCUGCAGCCUCCAUCCCUAUUGGAACUAGCGGGACGGACCAUUAAGCUUCACGAGAUCUCGAUACAACCGGGAGACAUACCUCAUACUUUAAUGAAAUAUCUCGGAGCUGCACAGUGCUGCGUAAAUCCUAAAUGCAAAGGCGUUUUCUUCGACAAUCGCGUGGAACACAUAAAAUUUGUGGACUUUUGUGGAAAAUACCGCAUACCGCUGCUACAGUAUCUGUGCAGCUCUAAAUGCAUCAUUGGCAGCUGGGAGAGUAGGGAGGAGAACAACAACCCACAUCCACAGAUGAUGCGCAAAGUCCUCCUAGGAUAGCCCAGUGCAAUAUGCCAAUAUUACAGUUGGGUAAACUAGCAUGCUAUGAUAUCACAUUGUUAUCACUUUUUACAUAAAUUUUAUAACUAUGUUUUGUAAUAAUUUUAUUUUUACACUGGGACCAUUUAUUAAGGAACUAUUUGUAUAAUAUAGCU